AUGGAGGGGUCCCAGCAUUGUGUCCACAUGAUUAUAGGAGGAACUAACGAUCUCCAAGGACCCAAGUCCAAACGAAUGAAAACAUCCGCUACAGAAGAGGGACCGGCCCAAAAACGCUUAUCCAAAGAAACCCUCAUAUUCAGCGAAGAGGAUCUCGAGGCCAUGGGGGAACUGCAUAAUGAUGCACUGGUGAUCUCGUUUCUCUUAAACAACACAAGGAUAAAGCGCGUGCUUGUGGACCCGGGCAGUUCGGCCAACAUAAUCAGGUUAGAAGUAGUAAAACAGCUGGGGUUGCUCGAUCAAGUUGUUCCCAUCCGUCGAAUCCUCCAUGGGUUCAACAUGAUCGGAGAAGCAAAGAAAGGAGAAAUCACCCUCCCGAUCAACACGUCUGGCACAACCCAGAACACCAAGUUUCAAGUCAUCGACAACGUUAAAAGAUACAACGCCUUGCUUGGCAGGCCUUAG